CGCCGCGCCCGGGUCCUCCGACGUCCCGCGCGAUGGCCGCACCCGCCCCGGUAACCCAGCAGAUCGUCGGCGGGGCAACCCCGGUCGCGACCCCGACCGGCCCCGAGCGCGGGCAGCCCCUGGCGGCCGCCGUGGCCGAGCUGCCGGUGCUCGACGCGCGCGGGAGGCGGGUGCCGUUCGGCGCCCUGUUCCGGGAGCGGCGGGCCGUGGUGGUCUUCGUGCGGCAUUUCCUGUGUUACAUCUGCAAGGAAUACGUGGAAGAUCUGGCCAAAAUCCCCAAAAGCUUCCUGCAGGAAGCAGAUGUCACCCUUAUACUGAUCGGACAGUCAUCCUACCAUCAUAUUGAGCCGUUCUGCAAACUAACUGGAUAUUCUCAUGAAAUCUAUGUGGAUCCUGAGAGAGAAAUUUAUAAAAGACUGGGAAUGAAAAGAGGUGAAGAAGUUUCCUCCUCAGGCCAGAGCCCCCACAUAAAGUCCAGCCUCCUCUCGGGCAGCCUCCAGAGCCUGUGGCGGGCGGUGACGGGACCGCUGUUCGACUUCCAAGGCGACCCGGCCCAGCAAGGCGGAACCCUCAUUGUGGGUCCAGGUAACAACAUCCAUUUCAUACACCUCGACAGGAACAGGCUGGACCACAAGCCCAUCAACUCUGUUCUGCAGCUGGUGGGAGUUCAGCACGUGAACUUCACAAGCCGCCCUUCGGUGCUGCACGUGUGACUGAAGACA